GCAUGGACGCGCUGGGUCUCCUGUGUGCGGUGGCCGGGGUGCUGGCCGCCCUGGCCUGGGGUGUCCCCUGGCUGUGGGAGUCGGCGGGAGGAGUGGAGCGUCGGGAGCAGGCGGGCCUGCCGGGAGGCGGAAGCCGAAGCCUCGUGGUGAUCGCGCACCCGGACGAUGAAGCCAUGUUCUUUGCUCCCACCGUGCUGGGCUUGGGCCGCUUGAGGCACCGGGUGUCCCUGCUUUGCUUCUCUGCAGGAAAUUACUACAAUCAAGGGGAGAUUCGUAAGAAAGAACUCUUGCAGAGCUGUGGUGUUUUGGGAAUUCCACCCUCCAAUGUAAUGAUUAUUGACAACAGGAAUUUUCCAGAUGACCCCGCAGUGCAGUGGGACACAGAGCUUGUGGCCAGCGUUCUACUCCGGCAUGUGGAGAUGAAUGACAUCAACUUGGUGGUGACAUUCGACGCAGGAGGUGUAAGUGGUCACAGAAACCACAUUGCCCUGAACAUGGCCGUGAGGGCUCUGCACUCCAAAGGAAAGUUGCCUGAAGGGUGCUCCGUGCUCACGCUGGAAUCCGUCAAUGUGCUGCGCAAGUACCUGGGCUUCCUGGACCUGCCCUGCUCGCUGCUCCGGCCCCAGGAUGUUCUCCUCGUGCUCACCCGUGAAGAAGUAGCUCAGGCGAAGAGAGCCAUGACCUGCCACGGCAGCCAGCUCCUGUGGUUCCGCCGCCUCUACCUCCUCUUCUCCCGCUAUGUGAGGAUCAACACGCUGCAUUUCCUCUGAAGCCUCCGAGUGCGUUCAGAUCCAAGGAGUCCGAAUAACCCCAGCCAGUCCACAGAGGGCCCGGCCUGGACCUGGCUGACAUCCGCUAGCCGAAGGAGGGCCCCGCCGGAGCAGCCUCUGCUAAAAGGCAGCCUUGCAGGCACUGUAGGGUCGGCCAGAUGUCAGCAGGUGCCUGGCAGAGAGGGAAAGCUACCACCAAGGAUGCUACAGCAAAACCCCCCCGGGCAGGGGAAGAGUCCUCCUAAGGGCACCGUGUGUGACAAGACCCCAGCACACAGCCCUGGCAGGUGGCCGUGGCCAUAAACGAAUGUGAACCCACGCUCGGAACACCUCGCCCGUGGGAUGGUCACGUGGUUUCCAAAGGUGCUGUGUGGAUCUGUUGUCUGUCCGCGCCCGUGACUGUAUUUGCACGUGUACCAAGCAGAGGCCCAGAGCCUGUGCGAAGACGGCGUUAGUUCCAUCUGCCGCCAUCCCAACAGGAGGCCAAAAAGUUCCAUGAUGGCUGUGUCCAAGGUGGAGAGUCAGCGACGCUGUUGGCAGCUCAGACCAGCGACUGGAAGUCUCAGAACAACAGAAACCAGGAGUGCAAUGCUAGUCCAGGGGAGAGACAGCCCCCCCUACAUCACCCCACCCCCGCACAGGGCUGCUGGCUUCAGUCCUGGGGUCCAAAGGCCAAAGAACCUGAACUGUGCUGGUGAGCAGCGUCAGCAGCCCACUGGCAGUUUCUAAUAAAAUUCUACACCCUGA